CCAACCUGAUAUUAAAUGGGGACACAACAUCACAGGAGAAAGGCCUUUAGGCAGCAGAUAACACCGCGACACCGCGGCGCCGCCACUCCGAGCCGCCGGGGGUCGCUGCACUCUGCGUCACUAACGCUGUUCCACGAAGGCCGAGGCAGCUGCGGCUCUAAUGAGGAGCAGCUGAACCUGCGUCGCACGAGAAGCCUUCAUCCAGUCGACGAUUUGACUUCGAUUAAUCACCCUCAUCCAAAGAUGGUUCGACCACAUUUUGGACCACCUCGUUUGAAGUCCAGACCUUAUGGAGAUGGUCACAGCAUUGGACCCAAUGAUAGGAAUUACAGCCCCCACUCCAAAGGUCGAAGAGAUGUCCAAGGGUUCCCGGCAAAGGCCCCUUUUCACUGGAGAGAUUCCAGAGGCAGAGGACGCCCCCCCGUCGUCAAAAGAGUCCCCCUGAUGGGGGAGCAAAGGGAGCCACGUUUCAAUCACUGGAGGGCCCAGAAUCAGGAUUCCUUUCAAUCGUACCCUCCCAAAAUGGAACCACACCACAACCAGAGGAGGUCUCCAUUCAGGCAGAAUCGCUCCCCUCACAGCCAGCAUCAUUCAUCCUCUCGCAGUCCCGCACAAGGAUCCCAGAAUCAAAGGGGCCCGCCUUUCCACGGCCACCCCUCGGGUCACAGAUCACCCUCCCCGAGACAUUUCCGCGGCCAGCCGCCUGAUAGGAGGCCAGGCUCUGCACCAGCUUACCAGGGGUCUUUCAGGGGCCACAAAAGGCAGUCAGGUUUUCAACAUCAGGAGCAGCGGAAUCGAGACCCUCGUGGGAAUUUCAGCCCCAGAGAAAGGCCCUAUGAGCACUCGGGUCACGGCAUGAAGCGCUGGAACGAGGCCGGAGGGUUCUCUCACCCUCACAAUGGAGAGAUGCAUGGGAGAGGCUCAUGUCCAGAGAGGUGGUCAUCCGAGCAAGACUCCAGGCGUCAGCGCGGUCCGGUGGAGAGGCAGGGCAGCAGAUCCCACAGUAGGGAGAGGGCACAGAAUGCCCCCCACCCACCCCCUUUCAGAUCCCCCUCAUGGAAAGGGGGUCCGUCGCCAUCGUCCUCGUACCACAGGAACCCUCAGGAGAGGCAAGUGGCGGGACCCCGCAAGAGGAGGAUAUCAGACAUCAGCCCGCCCUCGUCGGACCUGGCGCCGGAGCACGGCGUUCAAAAACAGCCGAGGAGAGAGAGGCCCCAGCUGCUCAGUAUGCCCCGGCCGUUUGGUGGUAAACCUGUGUCUCUUAGGGAUAGAAGUUACCUGGUUAAGAGCAGUCAGGUGCGAGCUGAGUCUCUCAUGCGGCUCAGAAUACCGCCGACGGUGAGACCCGGGCCUGACCCGGACGACCCCUCGUCGCGGGACAAUGCCAGCUCUGUCCUUGCUAUCAGGAAAAAGCGUUUCCAGUCAAAUGCGGUCCCCCUGAAAAAGGUGGAGCCGAGGAGAGGCAGACCCCAACAGUCGCCCCCCGGGGAUGAAAGCAAUACCAGCAAGUCGUCAAGGGACUCUGACUCAGGCAAAGAACAGGUGGAGUCUCGCCGGCCCGUGAAGCCACACAGGUCGUCUUCUCCAAUAGAGAAGCGGGACCUCGUGGUGUUGUCCCACUGGCCUCCCGGGCCGAGCUCCUCCAAGGACUGCUCGCCUGCCAAAGAGCGCAGCCCAAAGAACGACCGCAGUCCAGAUCCAGAUGCCACACCGAACAGCCGACUCUCGAAGACUACUGAUUCCAGAUCGUCGCCUGAAGACCGGAGACCAGGCUACAUGGACAAGAGGAUGUUCAGGCCCUUCAAUAUGGUGCAGGAGAGCUACAGACCCGGGAGGCCCUUCAGGAGACCAGGACAAGGACCCAUGCAGAGGCCGCGGUUCACUGGUGGCCCAAGGAAGACGGGCCCCGAAAUGUCAGGAAAUAUUAGACGGCCGCUCAUGGAGAGCCUAGUGACGCGUCCCUUCCCAAAUCAGAGGCCAGUGUUCAGAAAGAGCCACUGCAUCAUGUCCAAGUACCGCACCAUGAGGGUGAUGCGUCAGCGCGUGCCGUACAACCGAGGGCCCAACCAGCAGCGCUGGUGACGACCUCCGUUGACGCUCACAGCUUGCAGACAUGAUACUGGCGAAAGUUAACCACCAUCAACAUCGUCUCUGCCGUGUGGACUGCACCAGACCGUCUCACUGCACCACCUGCCUGUAUAUUGUAGAAGUAUUGUCGCUUGUAUUUGUUUUCUGGUACUUUUUUCAUUUGCAUCUUUAAGGUAUUGCAAUAUUUCUUUUGUAACAUAUGCCAUGGCGUCCCAUCUCUUUUCUUGUGUAUAAUCACGCCUGUUACGUUCGCACUGUUCUUUUCAAUACGUUUUUUUUGGUUGACCAGCAGGAAUCAGUUUUGUGAAAUCCAGGAAACGUUUACUUUACAAUCUAAAAUGAACUGUUUCUGAAGAUUAAUCACCUGACAUGUCCUGUUUGAGUAAUGGGGGUCUUGAUUAGACGCCGCUUGUUUAAUGACACUUAGCGACUGCUUGUAAAACUUGUAUAAUCACAUGUUCGAACUUGAAAUAAAAACAUAUUUAACAAGCUC